CCAACGCGAGAUGUGGGCUAGAUUCAUUUGUUGCCUGUUUUUUGUUAGCCUAUGUGAGAUUAUAACAAGAUAGUCCAAAUAUAAAGUGACGAGUGUGUUGACUGUAGCGGCUUUAACUUUUGUUUGUCAGUCUUGUGUUUGGUGUUGACGUUGUUCCAUGGAUAAAUACUCCUUUUUGUCGGUGCUGGGUGUAGGCUCCUUCGGUCGAGCUGUGCUCGUGCGCUGUGAAACCAGUCAGCAGAACUUUGUACUCAAAGAGAUCCAGCUGCCGAAGAGUCACGGGAGAUUAGCGAAUUCGAGGAGAGAAGCUGUCUUGUUGUCCAAAAUGAAGCAUCCUAAUAUUGUGGCCUUCAGGGAGACAUUUGAAUUUGGCGACCUCCUGUGUAUUAUAAUGGAGUACUGCAGUGGAGGAGACCUGCUCCAUAGGAUCCAGAAACAGAAAGCCUUGCAGUUCUCUGCUGAUGAUAUAUUGAAGUGGUUUUCUCAGAUGUGUGCAGGAACGCAGCACAUUCACGAUAAACGGGUUUUGCACAGAGAUCUGAAGUCUAAGAAUAUUUUCCUGACAGAUAAUGGAACAAUCAAGCUUGGAGACUUUGGAUCAGCAUGUCUUCUGAACAGCUCAAAGGCUUUUGCUUACACAUAUGUGGGGACACCAUACUAUGUUGCUCCAGAAAUCUGGGAGAAUAAGCCUUACAACAAUAAGAGUGAUGUGUGGUCUCUGGGCUGUGUUCUCUACGAGCUCUGCACCCUGCGUCACCCGUUCCAGGCAUCCAGCUGGAAGAGUCUGAUCCUUAAGGUGUGUCGAGGUUCCUACACUCCUCUACCUAACCACCUGCCCUACGAGCUACAUUAUUUGGUCAAACAGAUUUUUAAGACAAACCCGAAAGACAGACCAUCUGUUCACACCAUCCUUACCUCUCACCGGGUUUCUAAACUCCUUCGUGCUCAUCUACCCUCCCAGGAGAUGCAGGAACAGGGCAGACAUAGGGGGCGAUGGAAUAGAGAAGAAGGGAAGAAGGUGGCUCAACAUCUGGGACAGAAGAGUUUAAUUAAAACAACAUUUGAAGGUGCACAAUUACCUGGGUCCUGCUGUGAAAACAGAGAGUUGUACCCCCGAAAACAGUGGGCGGUGGAGCCGUCAGAUUCUCUUUUGCAGACAUUGGCUAAUGCUAGCCUCCUCUCGUCUGACAGCAUGGCAUCAAACAGGCCCUCAGAGGAGUCAGAGGGCCUCAGUCAGAGGAGACGAUGGGACAAGAAUCCCCCAGAGAAGCUUCUGCGUAUCCUGGAGAAGGCACAUCUUAGCAGAGCUUUCAGCACUUAUUUAAUACGCAGAGGAGGUGAGGAUCCUCUGGCAGGGCCCCUGUCCCUCCCACAGAGUGAUGUCACUGACAGCCCUGACGAGGGCGUGUUUGUAGAUGAGUACAGGCUGCAGCCACGCUCUGAUGAUGAGGACACGGACUUUGAGGAAGAUUCUCCGUGUGACUGGAUGGAUGAAGUGGAAAAAAUGUUUGUGGAACACUGAAGCCUUAUUUAACACUGUUGGUUUGGUUUGUUGCAAAAAAAAAAAGUGUUUGCGCACACCAAAGUUAUUUGUGUCGAAAUAUAUCUGUUUUUAGGGAUUCUUAUGACUAAAUUCACAGUGUAAAUGUUAAUUCAGUACAUUCACCAUUUCUGUUGCACAUUGAUGAUACUAUUCUGCAAAUAACGUAGUGCUUGUUACUGUAUGUGCGGAAUAAUAUUUAUAGUGUAGAAGUGGGGGGGGGGGGCAACUUUUGUAAAUUACGUUUUUAUU